AAAAAAAAAAUCAAAAUCUUCAUCCCCAGCGUGCAAUUAGUCAUAAGUUUGGAUUUAAAAGAAGCAAGCGUGGUCAUUCUUUCAUUCAUUCCGUUCCAUUCUUCCUCUCCUCAACGAUGUCGACCCCCUCCGCGUCUCUAAUUCCAGACCAAGAUUCAGUUGAGAAUGGGAAGGAUUUUACUCCACCGGUUAAGAAAUUCAAAGUUGACAACACUGAUACUGAUUCCGUUCCUAAAGCCAUGGAAUUUACCCCCGCGGAAGCUUUCAAAAUCUGGCACAAAGUGCUUGGAGAAGAAUACAGUGGCAAAGAUGAGGAAGUUAUGAGGUUGGAGAUGUUCACGAAUUCUUACCUGACCACUCCCUCAGGUUAUGGAUGGCGUUGUCCGACUAUGGCUGAUAGAACCGAACAAGAAAUUGAGCGGUUUAGAGAAGAACAUUGUAUUUAUCGGCCGAUUGAUAAUCAUAUAUCCGUGGAAGACAUCAGAUAUUUGAAAGACUUCGAUCCCGCUGUACUCCUGCCAGAAGUUGAGAAUGAGAAGGAUUUUGCUCCACCGGUAAUGAAAUUCAAAGUUGACAAGGAUUUAGUAGGAGAUGAAGAAGAACACAACACUGAUUCCGUUCCUAAAGCCAUGGAAUUUACCCCCGCGGAAGCUUUCAAAAUCUGGCACAAAGUGCUUGGAGAAGAAUACAGUGGCAAAGAUGAGGAAGUUAUGAGGUUGGAGAUGUUCACGAAUUCUUAUAUGACCACUCCCUCAGGUUAUGGAUGGCGUUGUCCGACUAUGGCUGAUAGAACCGAACAAGAAAUUGAGCGGUUUAGAGAAGAACAUUGUAUUUAUCGGCCGAUUGAUAAUCAUAUAUCCGUGGAAGACAUCAGAUAUUUGAAAGACUUCGAUCCCGCUGUACUCCUGCCAUAAGGUUACCUUCGCUAAAGGUAAGCUCUUGUUAGGACCAUCCCCCAAGUGGUGCUAGGAGUUUUCUGGUUUUGGCUGAUUGAACUGAAGAAGAAUUUAAUGAGUUUAGAGAAUUUCAUGUGCUUCCUGUUUGAAUUCCAAAUUUAAGUUGUAAGUUUGACCUUUUUUAAUUAAGGUUGAAUAAGUCGUGAAUCCAGCUGACACUCAAGAGCACAAAUGGCUCACCCUUUUUAAGGAUUGAGAUAAGCUGAACUCUAUUUUCUAUUUGUCAUCUUAGCCUACCUCACUACUUUUGUGGUUGUUCUUAGUAGUCAUGGAAUACGUUAUUAUUUUAAUUUUAUUUUACCUGUUGUGAGACCAUCUAUAUAUACCUUUUACAGUUGGUAGAAUUGGAAAACAAUGAUAAGAAAUCAUUUGAUUGGA